GCUGUGCUGUUGGGUCACUGAAUCUCUCUUUGACCGUCUCCGACCACACAUUUGUGUAAGAGCAAGAUGCUAAGGUUCUUCGGGGUCUGUGCGGCAUUGAUGGCCAUGUUUGUUACAGGUGAAUCUCUGAGAUGUCACACCUGCAAGGUGGGCUUGGGAGAUAAAUGUCUGUACAGCUCCAUGAUGACCUGCAGUGAAGCUCAGCCCAGCUGCUACUGGGGAAAACUGGCCUUCAACAUCAGUUAUUUGAUGACCCUGAGCACUCGAGGCUGCAUUGCCUCGUCUCUCUGCAACCAGACCGAAACAGGAGCCCUUCUGAAUGCCGCUUACACCGUCACCAGGACCUGCUGCAGCACUGACUGCUGUAAUGGAGCCACGUCUAUCCAGGUCCCUCUAACUGCUGCUUUAGGCGCCACCCUAAUGGCGGUUUGGAGCACCUGGAGCCUUUAAAAAUAAACAAAAAGAUCCUGCUCAUGACUGGGUGUUGUCUGUAUGCAAGCGAUUAAAGAACACACUCCCAUGUUGUGAUAUUCCCAUUGUUGUAACAUCUAUGCCUGUAAAUUUGAGGGAAU